GCAGCGUACCUGCAGCUUAACACUUGCUUGCCUAGUGAUCUCAUCUACAGGCCAGGUCCGAUAUUGGCAUCUGCGACGGGCACUGCCUGCUGUCUCGGAUUAAAGUAAAAGAAACCAGUCGCACGCUACAUGCCAAAAAAGACACCCAUAAGAGUAUCCUCAUUACCUAAGAAGCUCCUGCAAAGGUCCCUAUCAAUGGCUUGGUAUUGCUCCGGCUCCACGAAUAGCGAGCUCAUCGCGAAUCUGUUUAAGACGGGUCUGAUAAAAGAUGAAAGAGUGAAGAAUGCCAUGCUAGGCGUUGAUCGCGCCCACUAUGCGCCCUCAAGGCCAUACUCCGAUUCACCGCAGCCCAUCGGGCAUGGAGCUACCAUAUCUGCUCCCCACAUGCAUGGACAUGCCUGUGAAUACCUCAUCGACUAUCUGAAGCCAGGCUCGCGUGUGCUAGACAUCGGAUCUGGCUCGGGUUACCUCACCCACGUGCUUGCAAACCUCGUCGUGAGUCCUUCGUCCACAAGCGAAGCCGAUGGCCAGGUUAUAGGUGUAGACCACAUUCCGGAGUUGGUGGAACUGGCACAGACCAACAUGCGCAAAUCAAAAGAGGGGAGUAGCUUUCUUGACUCGGGAAGGGUGAAAUUCAUUACAGCCGAUGGUCGUCUGGGCUGGAAAGAAGGUGCACCGUACGACGCCAUCCAUGUUGGCGCGGCCGCACAUCACCUUCACCCCGUACUCAUCGAGCAGCUCCGCGCACCAGGGCGAAUGUUCAUACCCGUCGAUGCGGAGGAUGAUGAGGCUAGCUUUGGGCUGGGGGGAGGACAGUAUAUUUGGGUAGUUGAAAAAAGAGAGGAUGGUUCAGUCCGCAAAGAAAAGGUGUUCCAGGUUAGCUACGUUCCCCUAACAGACCGCCCAGAAAGAUGAGCAAGGAUGGAACGAACGUAGAGAAGAGCACAAGGCCAAUCCGUAUCGAAACAAAAUCAACCAGGUCCAGUUUACUCGAAUGCGAGACAUCAGAAUGUUUAUGAA